CCCCUCUUUUUUCAUCCCGCCACUUUGCUGCAUUUAAGUGGGAUAUUGGCCGGAUUCAGUCUCUCUUCUCUUCGCACUCUCUCUCUCCUCUGUUCCCCCCUUCCCUCCUCCUCGUCCUCCCCCUCCUUGCCCUCUGUUGAGGUCUGGAUCACAUUUAAAACCACAUGUUCAUGUGUGCAAGCAACUGAGCCUGGAAGUCAGCAAGCAGGAAACGUGGUGACAGUGGAGUGGGACUGGAGCACACAACGACGGGAUAGACAUGCACGCCUCCCAGACGGCCUUGCACGCACUGGCGGAUAGAGAACACUGGAUGUAAGCCUGUGCCGGAUUUUGCAAACACUCACGGAGUGUGACACGGUUGGAUCUUGGGAGAAGCUGGGCCAAAUUUGGCCAGUCAAAUACAGAUGACAGCAUCAAGGGUUCGCCCUGAUCAAAGAGAAACAAAACAAAAUACUGAAGGAAGAAACUGAGAAAUUCAAGUUUAGAGUGAUUGAUGUCUCUUUCUCCUCCUGUUCUCUAAAAGAGAAGAGCCCAUUUGGCUCCGGAAAGCUCGCAGUGACAGGUCUCUAUUGGUGUGCCUGUGUGGUCCCGUGUGAGAAACCUGCUACGUGAUUUGUGAGCGUGCGCGAGUGUAUACACAGACUGGCCUCCCUCACUGCUCAAUCGCUGGACUGUACCCUGGAGAGUAAGUAGCAGGAUGAAGAAACAGAAAUGUGCUGGACUUCACAUGUUGCUACUCCUGUAUGUCAGACUGAUGCUGGCCGUGGAUGCCUACAGACCGCAGAGAGACACAAAUCAGGAGAAGUGGGAGCAGGAAUUGAGGGAAGCCGGGAGUCUGGAUGAGCUUCUGAUGUUGACUGAAUACCCGGACUGGAAGUUGUGGAGAUGCAGACUCAAGCUGAAGCACUUCGAUGAAGUUACUCCACCUGAAAACCGCAGGUCAACUCGAUAUGCAGCCGCAUCAUUCAGCCCAGAGAUGCUUAAAGAUAUUGAUGACGAAUGGCAGAAAACACAGUGUAUGCCAAGAGAGACGUGUGUUGAUGUGGCUAAAGAGCUGGGCACCAAUACGGCUGUGUUUUUUAAGCCCCCGUGCGUCUCUGUCUUCAGGUGUGGCGGCUGCUGCAACAAAGAAGGAGUUACCUGCCGUAAUACAAGCAUGACUUAUGUCAAUAAAACUAUUUUGAGUGUGAGUUUGGCUCCAUAUAUAUCUGGACCAGAGCCUGUGCUGGUGAAAAUAGCCAAUCACACUGAGUGUAAGUGCCAAGAACACUCGCUGAUUCGCAGGCACGCUCGUGAGAGGCACAGGAAAAACAGUUGCUCUCCUACACGUAAGCCAGAAGACAAGAGGCUAUGCAACAAAGGUUUAAUAUGGGACUGGAUGGCAGAGCGAUGUGUGACAUAUCCCUCCAAUAAACAAGAACCACCAUCUGCUAUCACUGAAGAGGACUGUGAGAUGGAUGUAGAGCGAUGUGAAUGUAUUCCAAAAGAAUGGACACACAGAUUACACUAUACGUGACACAGUUCAACAAAUCAUCUACAGCUGCAAGAGAGAAAGCAAAGAUGAACACAAUGCCCUGACAAUCUGCAAGUGCUGAACGCAGAGACAGCAAGACACCAUUUAAUUUAUUUAUCUCUCUAUUUAUAUCAAAUAAAAAUACUUUUAUUAACAUUUAUUCACUCAUCUCAUCAGUAACAGCAGUGAUAGCAAUCAAAAUAUAAAACUAAGGCUGCUUUUCUUGUCUGACCACAUCAAACAUCUCCUUUGCACUGAAAACAGUGUUUCAAUCAAAAGAAAGCCAGUGGAAUUACAUUAUUUAAAUGUUAAAUUUAAGUAUGAAUAAAAUGUUUUCCGAUUGGCCAGUAGGAUCUGUGUGGGUGUACCCUAUGCCAUGUUUGAAUGGCACAAUAGAAGUACAAACUUAAUUACUUAGCAUUAUGCAUUGAGGAAAUGGCCAAUCCUCUUUUGAAGUUGAAGUGUUCACCACCGAGCAUGCUGCCAACAGUAAGAAAUUAUGUACUGGAGAUAACAGCUGUUCAAAAUAAAAAUGGCAAUUUUAUUAAAUAA